UACGCAACAAUAGACAACGCGUAUAAUUUCGUUUAAUUGCGGAAAAAAGUGGGGAACAGAGGCAAUUGGAGGAAUCGAGCGGGCAAGGAUGUCUGACGCGGAGCUGGAACAGACGCCCAGCGCGGGCCACGCGGAGGAGCGGCCGGCGGAGGAGGAGCACGAGCAGGAGCCGGAACAGGAGCCCAGCGAAGUGUACACAAUGGGCGGUCCUCCGAGGACGCCGGUCGAAGAUGCGGCGGCCGAAUUGAACGCCAGUCUGGAUGUCAGCGGCUCGGAUCAGUCGGCGGACCAGUCGCUGGACCUCAGCGGUGCCCAGACGGAGGUGACCGCGGAGGCGGAGCCACCGGCGAAGCGACCACCACGCGACAUCAGUCCCAUUUCGGAGGACAGCACGCCGACGAGCAGCACUUCGACCAGUUCCACCAGUACAUCCAGCUCUUCCCGCUACGACGAUAUCAGUGAGGCGGAGGAGGCGCCCCCAGAACCAGAGCAGCAGCAGCAGCAUCAUCAUCAUCAGCAGGAAGAGAGCCAGGUGGAGCAGAUGGAAGUGGAGCCGGUUCAGCAUCAGCAUCCGCAUCAGGAUCAGGAUCAGGAUGAGUUGCAUGCGCAAGAGCAGGAUGUGGAGGUCGACCGAGACAUUGACACCGAGGAUGAGCCCUCCUCCAAUACGGUCAUCUGCGUGGCCGACAUCAAUACCUAUGACAGUGGGUCAAUGAACGACUACGCCAUGGAUCCCAAUGCGCCCGCCAAGGCCAUUAUUACCGAGGUGGUCACCAUACCCGCUCCUCUGCGUAUCAACAAUGCAGCCCACAUGGGACUGCAACUGCCGGCCCUACGACCACCUUCUCCUGCUGAUGAAGAAGUCCCCGAGACGCCCGCCUCGCCCACCGACGAUGGCGAGGAGCCACCCCCCGUUGGUUUGUCCACGUAUAUGCGCGUCCGCUAUAUGCCAGAGGUGCCCGGGCUGCCCACCCGCCUGGCGCCCCGUGAUCCCCGCCAGCGCAAAAUGCCACCGCCCGCCGUUGUGCUGCCCAUCCAGACCGUACUCAGCGCCAAUGUGGAGGCCAUUUCCGAUGACAGCACCGAGACGAGCAGUAGCGAGGAUGACGACGAUGAGGAGGAGGAGGAUGAGGACGAUGCAAUGACCAUGGAGCACGACAGCACCUCCAGGGAGACGGUGAUCACAACGGGCGGAGAUCCGAUGAUGCGGAAGAUCGAUAUAAGCGAAAAUCCCGAGAAGAUCUACUACAUUCGGCGCGAGGAUGGCACCGUGCACCGCGGCCAGGUGCUGCAAUCCCGCACAACGGACAACCCUGCCUGUCCCGAUGAGUACUAUGUCCACUAUGUGGGCCUGAAUCGCCGCCUGGAUGGCUGGGUGGGCCGGCAUCGGAUAUCGGACAAUGCGGAUGAUUUGGGUGGCAUUACCGUGCUGCCGGCGCCACCUAUGGCCCCCGAUCAGCCCAGUACCAGCAGGGAAAUGCUGGCUCAACAGGCCGCCGCAGCGGCAGCUGCCUCCUCCGAGCGACAAAAGCGGGCGGGCAACAAGGAUUACUAUCUGUCGUAUUGCGAGAACAAUCGCUACGACUACAGCGACCGCAAGAUGACGCGCUACCAGAAGCGGCGCUAUGACGAGAUUAACCACGUGCAGAAGAGCCAUGCGGAGUUGACUGCCUCGCAGGCGGCGCUGGAGAAGGAGCACGAGUCCAUUACCAAGAUCAAGUACAUCGACAAGCUGCAGUUUGGCAACUACGAGAUUGACACCUGGUACUUUAGUCCUUUUCCCGAGGAGUAUGGCAAGGCUCGUAUCCUCUAUGUUUGCGAAUACUGCCUGAAGUACAUGCGGUUUAGGGAGAGCUACGCCUAUCAUCUGCACGAUUGCGAGCGGAGGCGACCACCCGGAAGGGAGAUCUACCGCAAGGGUAACAUAUCCAUAUACGAGGUGAACGGCAAGGAGGAGUCACUGUACUGCCAGCUGCUCUGUCUGACGGCCAAGCUGUUUCUGGACCACAAGGUCUUGUACUUCGACAUGGAUCCGUUCUUCUUUUACAUCCUGUGCGAGACGGACAAGGAGGGCAGCCACAUUGUGGGCUAUUUCUCCAAGGAAAAGAAGUCGCUGGACAACAAUAAUGUGGCCUGCAUUCUUGUCUUGCCGCCGCAUCAGCGCAAGGGAUUCGGUAAGCUACUGAUCGCCUUUAGCUAUGAGUUGUCGCGCAAGGAGGGCGUCAUUGGCAGUCCGGAGAAGCCGCUUUCGGACCUGGGUAGGCUGAGUUAUCGCAGCUAUUGGGCGUAUACGCUGUUGGAUCUGAUGAAGAACCGCUGCGCCCCCGAGCAGAUCACCAUCAAGGAGCUGAGCGAUAUGAGCGGCAUCACCCACGACGACAUCAUCUACACGCUGCAGUCCAUGAAGAUGAUCAAGUACUGGAAGGGUCAGAAUGUCAUCUGCGUUACGGCCAAGACCAUACACGAUCAUCUCCAGCUGCCGCAGUUCAAGCAGCCCAAGCUGACCAUCGACACCGAUUACCUCGUCUGGAAUCCGCCCAGUGCAAUCGCCAGAGCUCCGGGCAGUUCCGGCUAGCAUACGGCACCACGGGACCCCGUCCUGCAGUCAUCGCAAAUAAUUGUUAUAGACGACGAUGAUGAUGAUGAUGAUGAUUAAGUCCAUAAUUUGUUUUUGUCCCCCUUCAAAUGUAUAAACUGUAGGAUAUAAUGUUUCUCGAUUAGAGUCAUAUAUCUAAAACUGAACCAUCUUAACCAGCGGUCGACGCACAAUACUAUGUCAUUAUGUUUUACAUUUGUGCGUGUACUGACCGCUGUUUUGUACACUAUACGUGUUGCGGCAGAGACCGAGCAGAGCUAUUCCCGCUAUUAUGCGCGCUUAAUGGGAGGCUACCUAUAUAAAUAUUCAAAAUCAUGAAGCAAUGUAAUACCUAAUAUUUGGUUUACAAUUUUUUUUCAUAGUUUAUAAGUCUAAUAAGUUGAAACUCGUAGGCCCCAUAUUGUGUGAACCAGAUGUAUACACUCUGAUGUAUUUAAGGCUUAAAUUUUAAGCUACAAAUAAAUGUUUAAGCAAAAACCUUUACAAAUUAAUAAACCAUAAUUGUCUUUAAAAAUAUUUGUUCGUUCCGGUUUUUAGAAACCAAUUUAAAUUGUUUCAAUGUAGAAAACUUGAAUAUAUUCCACUUUUUCACAAUA